AAAGCUAAUCAAGAGUUUGCUUUAAUAAAAGAAAAGAGAGAGGAAAAAUGGUGCUCCUUGACAAAAUAUGGGAUGAUGUUAUUGCUGGCCCUAGCCCUGAUAAGGGCCUUGGCAAGCUGAGGAAGCUCAGCACCAAGCCCUUGAUCAUCAAAGAUGAUGCUGGGGAGAGCAGUGGCGGGAACAAGUACCAAAGAUCGCUGACGAUGCCGGGGACGCCGGGGACGCCGGCAACCCCAGUGACGCCGUCGCCCACGGCGACGACGCCGAAGCAGAAUGUGUGGAGGAGCGUGUUUCAUCCUGGGAGCAACCUGAAUACUAGGAACCUGGGCGCUGACCUCUUUGACAGGCCGCAGCCCAACUCUCCUACUGUUUAUGACUGGCUCUACAGUGGCGAGACGAGGAGCAACCACCGCUAGAAGGUUUGAUUGAGCAGACGAUAAGUUUGGAGGGGAGAGAGGCUCAAGUUCUGCUGGUUGUGUUUAUGUAUAUAGGAAAAUCUCUAAUGUUUCUCUGCUUGUUCUUGUUUUAUCACAAUGUUUUGUUUUUGUUUUGGGUGUUUGCUACUACUAUUUGCUUACUUUCGAGAGAGGAGUUUAUGUAGAUGUAUGAGCAACUGUUUACUUGAUGUUUUGAGUUGCUUGCUUUAGUAGAUGUAAUGGUACUCUUUUUAAUUAUCAUUUAGCAACUUGCUUUCUUUAA